AUGCUUGGCCUACUACUCAACAGAGCAUGCACAGCCCUCAAACUCGGUCCAUCCUACUCCCCCAUCAUUGCUCCUGGAAACGUGACGUUUUUCACUAGACUCGGUUCAAUCGGACGGGGUGAUUUCGGCGAGGUAUGGAAGGGAGAACUUCGCUCGAAUCAAAGUCAAGUAGACGUUGCUAUCAGGCAGAUUCCAGAUCAAGUGACCAAAUCAAGCAACGUUCUUGAAGCUGUCAGUGUACUUUCUGAGCUAGCGGAUCAGCCAAAUGUUGUCACGUGCCUGGGAUAUUGUCAAGAACAAGGUAGCAUUCUGUAUGAGUUCAUCUCUGGGGGUACCCUACUCACCCAUCUACAGACAACGGGGGUGGAGUCCCAACCCACAUACGGCAAUCUCAAACCAAAGGGGGUUCGUCUCGAUGAAGGUAGUCUACUCAACUUGGCUUGGCAAAUUGCAAAAGGGAUGCAAUUUCUUGGAUCUAAGAAGAUCAUCCAUGGAACUCUCUGUGCUCACAAUGUGUUACUAGCUGAUGGAAGGCAAUGCAAGUUAUCAGAUUAUGGACUAUCUUCAUCAUUGUUUAGCGACAAAGAAACCAACAAGAUGGAGUUCGCCUGA